CGUCGAGGGUGACAACAGGGGUCGUGCCAUUUCCCAUCGCCGGUUUUUAAACUACCCGUUGAGCUACGAGCCCCGGGAUCUCUUCGACGCCUUGAAAGGAGGAGAAGGCCUCGACGUUUCUUGAGCGAUCUUUAACAAGAGACCCCCGGGCGGACUCGUCCCUCGCAAAAGCAUUCUUUUCACCCCAAAUCGCCCCGUAUUUUUCCGCCGGGUCGAUGCCGAACGUCGUAGACUUUCGGGCCUCCCGCAGGGCGUCGGCGGCGGCGAGACGCUCUGCCCCCCCGAUGCCCCGCUUCGACCGGAUCCCGCGACCGUCGGCCUCGAAGAUGCUGAGCGAAUCGGCCAGGCUGCUGUCGUUCUCCAAGGGGUGGCCCCGGUCGUCCCCCGUGCGGCCCGCGGACUUGGCGCGGGCCGGACUCUACCGCAUGGGCUUCAGCGACCUGGUGGCCUGCUUCCGCUGCGGCGGGAUGAUGCAUCGCUGGGAGGAGGGGGACGACCCCGCUCGGGAGCACGCCAGGCACUUCCCCGCCUGCGCUCGCGCGGCCCCGUUGCCGCCGGCCACUCAGGAUGGCGCCGACUCCGGACUGAGUCCAGAGAUGCGUUCGUUCGGGGCGCGACUCAGAUCUUUCGCGAGCUGGCCGUACACCGCCAAUGUGUCCCCGCCUGAACUGGCCUACGCAGGCUUCUACUAUUCCGGUUACGGAGAUCUUGUGAAGUGCUUCAGCUGCGACGGUCAUCUACAAGAGUGGGCGCUGGGAGACAGCGCUUGGCAUGAGCACGCAAAGUGGUUUCCCAGACCCUCACCUGAUACAGCAGCGCCAUCGACUGAAGAGCUUCUGGACAAGCUGGAAGAGCGGCUGUCCUGCAAGGUGUGCAUGGAGCGCGAGGUGUCCACGAUGUUCGUGCCGUGCGGACACGUGGCCACGUGCGGCCACUGCGCCCUCUCCCUGAGCCGGUGUCCCGUGUGCCGCGUCGCCGUGCAGACGUCGCUCCGGGCCUUCAUGGUUUAGGCGGACGGCCGGGCGAAGGAGGAGGAGAGAGAAACGACCGCCGGGGAUCCCGACCGCCCGUGGCUUCGACCGUUGGGGCGAGUUCGUUGAUUCACCCCUCCCCUCUCCCGUGCCGAGGCAUAAGCCGGUCGCUGGCGAGCGUUCGGCGUUCGUUUUUUCCGCGCCGGGAGGCACGGGGAGGGCAAUUUCACUUGGCCACCGGCCUCCACCCAUAGAGCAGCCUUUUUUU